GGAGGCAGAUCGGAGAUAUAAAAGACCUGGCCAGGCGCCCGCGGUGCCUCCAGUCAGUGCGGACGCUCACGCCGGAGAGAGCGGGCGUAGCGGAGCGCGCAGAGCGGCGACGGGGGGCAGCAGCGCAGGCAGAGGCAGCGUGGGGCUCGCCGUGGGCAACCCCAAUGCGUGGACUAUCCGCUGCUGCGUUAUGCUGGAGCUACAGUUCCGCUGAAGGGAGUUUGCGCACGGCCGGCUGGGCUGGACUGCAGCGCUGCUGUUCCUUAUGAAGAAGGCACAAACUUGGAUUAUCACUUGCUUUUGUCUUCAACUGCUCCUACUUAAUCCUCUUGUCAAAGCCCAGAGUUCCUGCGGGAAUCCAGUGACAGAUGAUGUGAAUGACAUUACAAAAUUGGUUGGAAAUCUCCCAAAUGAUUAUAUGAUAACCCUUAAAUAUGUCCCGAAGAUGGAUAGUCUGCCUAGUCACUGUUGGUUGCAUUUGAUGGUGCCUGAAUUUUCAAGGAGUCUACAUAGUCUUCUCCAGAAAUUUUCAGAUAUUUCAGAUAUGUCUGAUGUUUUAAGCAACUAUUUAAUCAUCAAUAAUCUCACAAGGAUAAUUAAUGAUCUUAUGGCAUGCCUGGCUUUUGAUAAAAAUAAGGAUUUUGUAAAAGAAAAUGGUCACCUUUAUGAAGAAGGUCGCUUCAUUCCUGAGGAUUUUUUUAGGCACUUUAAUAAUACCAUUGAGGUCUACAAGGAGUUUGCAGAUAUACUGGAUAAGAAUGACUGCAUUCUACCUUCAACAGUAGAAACACCAGAGAAUGAUUCCAGAGUCGCUGUCACAAAAACAUUUUUGUUUCCUCCUGUUGCUGCCAGCUCCCUUAGGAAUGACAGCAUUGGCAGUAACGCUAGCAAUAACAAGGAGGCACUUGGCUUCAUUAGCAGCUCCAGCCUGCAAGGAAUCAGCAUAGCACUGACAUCAUUGCUGUCUCUUCUUAUGGGGUUUAUUUUGGGAGCCAUAUACUGGAAGAAAACACAUCCCAAAUCCAGACCAGAAAGUGGUGAAGUUACACAGUGUCAUGACUGUCAAGAGGAAAAUGAGAUAAGUGUGUUGCAGCAAAAAGAAAAGGAACAUCUACAAGUGUAGCUGUUGGUUUUUCUCCCUCAACACUGUUACUGUUUUGUGUACUGGCAGGUAACAGUUCCAUGUUCGCUUCAUAAAUGAAGCAGCUUUAAGCACAUUCGUAUUCCUUCUGGAGUGACAGACUGAGUCUGCAUCUGUUGUUGCUGCCCAUGACUCCAUAGACAUGCUAUAGAAAUCAGGACAAUUUGUGUUUGUUACUGUGAAACCACCACUGAAUUGACAAGAAGAGUGUGUGCUUAGCAAGACUGUGUCUAUGUGAACAUCUACCUUGUUUGGCAUUUGGGGAUUUGUAAUUGCAUUGAAACUUGCAGCUGACUCUGGCAAACAAAGUACAUGUCCUGAACAAAAAGCAUCUUUCAAAUGCCUCCAACUGUGUGUAACCAUUGAAAGUCAUAAAUACUUUUGCAUCCUUAAUUUAAUUUCUGUGUCCUCUACCUUACCUUGGUGUCUUCAGAUGGAGUUUUCUGAACUGAGAGAAAACAGAAAUGGAUACAGAUAACAUACUCUUCGAUGUUGUGUAUAAAACUUGAAAACAAAGUCAUGCAAUGGACCAUGUUCUAGCCUUUACUUAUAAGGAGUGGUUUUUGCCUGGCAAAAGUAAUGUAUACAGCAACAUGUGGUGUCUGUUGGGUGCCAGGUGGCUAGUUGCUCACCCCAGAAAUCCUCAAGAACUCAUCAGCCUUGGUGGUCUCUGUUUAGGAGAAGCAAAUAGUGGAUGAGGACAAAGUAAACAGGAGGUGAAUGUACAUAAUGGAGCUCCAAAGCGUUAAGAGUAAUUGCUGGGUAUGUGAACACUGCUGAAAUUUCCAGCCAUGCCAAUGGAAGGGAAAGAGUCUGAAUUGCGUUCAAACAUCAGAAUAAAGACAAACCUAUGAAAUGCAUUUUAAAUGCUGAAGAUGCAUGCCAUUUGUACCUUGUCUUUAAACAUAUAGCGUAGAAAAUCUGAAAGAUCCUGAGUGUAUUUAGCUUUUACUUACAUCAGCUGUAAUUAAUGUUUGCAUUGUGUUUUAAGUGUUUAGUAAGCUUUAAUAUCCUGUCAUUCUCCACUCUUAAAGUUAAUUCUCUCAAAACAGAAAAGAAAGGCUUUAUUUCCCACUUGUCUUCUGCAUCUUUUGCUGUUAUAGCAUCCAUGGAAUCUACACAAGACUGAUGUACAGACAUGCAUUUUCAAGUAAAUCAAAAAAAUG